AUGUCCGCGUCUUGCCACAAAAAAAAGCCGCAGCAUCACCAUGCCGCACCAACAGCAUCACGUCCCCCCCGAUGCCAGCUGCCACAUCCCCUCUUGCAAUACCGGCUGCAAUGGGGCAUCUGUCUAGUGCUAGCCAUCCUGACCCUGAGCAGUGCCGUCUCUGUGACCUCUGGCACUUCGGGCCACAACCGGCGUCGGGCUGGCGGAGCCAGUGCAGCUUCCCUGGAGGACACCAGCGAUAAAUCCGUUCCUGAUCAACUGGCCCUAGCUGCCAGUCGACGAGCAUCCGAUGAUAACAGGCCCUACUCCAGGAGGGGAUCCGUACUUCAAAGCAGAACCAAAGAAGCUCCCAACAAAGAUUUCAACUACGGCCAUGUGGAGCUGAAUCUCGUGAGACCGGAGCAUGAGUCGCAUCCGAAACUGAUCUUAAGCACAACGACGGCAGCCUCGGGUUCUGGAGGAUCUGCAGGUCCUGUCAACCUGGAGGACUCUCAGUCGGCGGCGGAGUACGUGGCCAAUGCCAUCAAGCUGGCCUACAAGCAGCCACCGGUUCCGGUGAAGAGUCCUGCGCCAAAUCACCUCCAAGCACCAAAGGACCUGCCCUCGUCCUCCACCCAAAGGAGCUACAACGAACACAGGGAGAGAGAGCGGGAAAUCCUAGAACACCAGGCUCUGAUCCUGGGAGGAGCUCCUGCCUCUGCUGCUGCAUCAUCCUCGUCCCCGGGUUCACCUCAUUCCUCGCCACCCUCACCCGCCCUGGCACCGGCUCCCGUCUACGAAAAGGAUCCUGUGACUCGGAGCUACGAGCUAUAUGAGGCUUCCACCGAAGGCGACGUACAUAUACCCGUUCAGGAGGACAUCGAACGGCACUAUCGUCCCAAGUACAACAGCUACAACUACCAGCCCUACCAACCGCCCACGAUCUACCGCAACCUGGAGGCCGAGGCCGAAGAAAAGGUACGAGUUUCCGCCUCCACAGAGAUCCCCAAGUCGGAAAUAAUGAAACAGAUCGAGAAGUCGGUGAUCAAGUAUAUGAAAGAGCUGGAGGCGGAGGGUAAAAUAAUCAGUACACCCCAAGAACCGGCCACACCACCGCCGCCACCACCACCACCGCCCUCGCCAGUUCAGCAAAUAACCAAGACCUAUUACAAAACGCAAUCGAAUGGGAUAUCCAAUGGGAUUUCAGGUGGAAUUUCUGGGGGAAUCUCUGAAGAAAAGCGCUAUAGCAGCAGUACAGUGAGACCCAAGUACACAGCACCACCGCCCCAGAAACAACAGCAAUCACAGACCCAUCAUCAACAUCAGCAUCAACAUCAACAUCAGCAGGUCUAUCACCAGCCCCAGCAUCAUCAUCAGACAGUACAUCAUCAGAAUGUGGGUAUUACUGCGAAGUUGAGGAACUCCCCAUCAGUUUCCAGCCAGAAGCCCCUGCAACAUUUUCAAUCGGAAACGGAAACCGCCUAUCAGGCUCCAGAUCUUCCAGUCGAUGAACUAUCACCCAAUGUGGAAUUCAUCUAUAAAAUCAAGACGAGAGCUCCGCUGCAAACGGCUACAGUGAAAACAGUCUCCAAGCCCUAUACUUUGCCACUAAAAAGUGCCGAGCACUUUGAUCAUGGAGCGGCCCUCAAGAAUAUCGAAGAAUUCGAUCUAUCGCAUGUGGUGCCCACUCCCGAAAGAGUAGAAAGAGAAAGGGAGAGGGAGAGGGAAAGGGAACGAGAUUCUCGAGAGGAUCAGAAGCCCCACAAGCUGUACUUCAAUUCAGAAAUCUAUCAUGACAUCAACUCACUGCCCUACAAAAGCAAAGAGGCGGCUCUGCAGGAAUAUCGUCACAAGUUGAAGAAUUCCAACGAAAAUCUUCAUCCGGACUAUAAGGGCUAUUCCGGAUACUUUGCCGAACCGGAAGUCGAGGAAGUGGAUCCCAAUGAAUCGAAACUAAUCCUAAAUGAGGAGGGUUAUCCCUAUCAUUACCUUUUGAAAAAGGAACCUCUAGAGGAUCAUGAUCCUUGGCUGGAACAGCAACAACAACAACAGCAACCGUUGCGUCUAAACCACGCCCACACGCACAACCAUGCCGCCCACCAUGGCCAGCAUCAUGGCCACGGCCACACCCACUCACACGCCCACAAACAUGGCGGCAGUAGUCUGGAAUACGAUAGCUAUAGUCCAAAGUUUAAUAAUAAUCCAGAGGGAUAUGGAUACCAACACACCUAUAAGCUAAGGCCAGGACAAUCGGGUCAAGGAGGCGGAGGCGGAGGAGGAGGAGGUGGAGGUUCUAGUGUGGCCGUGGCCACUGCUGUGGUGGGUGGGAAGCGGGGUAAGCGCGGCGGUGGCGUUCAUCCCCGUCAGGAGGCUAUCAAGAAGCAGCUGCGAGGAUCGGAGGUCAAGGAUCUGGAAGCCAGCUUGGCCCUGAGACCGCCACCCAAAUAG